CCUCAUUACUGGAUCUUGGGCGCACCCUCCGUCGCUCAACCCUCGACUCUCAUAAACAAUGGUCUGCUUCCUCCUCUCCACAAAUACACAUCCGGCACAACUGCCAAUUGCUUGUUGCUCUUUUGGACCCGAACAGCAGCAAUCGCACGCCUGCCAUGCGCUACGACGACUGGGACGUGAUCCUCUUCCCAAAGGACUCUCACGUACCGAUACAGGAGUUCAAGACUGCCUGUUAUGUCUCAUCUGAGGAGUAUGGCCGCCAGUUGCCCACUCUGACCUCCUACAUCAGCACUCUGCCGCCGUCCACAUCGUUCCGUAUCUCCGUACAUUCAUGGGCCACUGCAUCGAAAGCCUCGGCACUAAUAGAGUCUCAACGAAAGGCGAACCAGAAGGUUGUAUACACAGUUCAGGUCAUCGUUGACGGGGCUAGAGUCUUCCGUGGCUUCUUUGACAUAACGUCGAAAUGGCCCCGAGAGAUUGCGCAAGAGAAGAGAUCACUCACCGUCAACGAAUACCCUUCAAGCCAACGGAAACAAUGCCUUGAGUUCCCACCCUUCCAUCAACGAACCCUCAUGCAGAACUCAUGGAAUGCUCACGACCCACAAGGACGAAUAAAGAUCAUGUUGUCGGAACAGUUAAUCACGAAGACGGCCAGUCCUGGAGAGGUAGACCUCGGCACGACCAACGACAUUGUUUGCUUCUCAUUCCAGCAUGCCCCAAAAGACGUCCUAGAGCAGGCGGGCAUCUCAUGGCCCAUCCGAAACCCUCUAUAUCUCCCCAAUGCGCUGGAGCGGACCACGCAUAUGUCGCAAACAUCUCCGACGAAGUCCUGGACACCGAAGGCUCGCACUUUUCCAGGCGAUAUCAACAUGCAAUUACCGAUCUCGCAAGCAUCAGCAUCCGAUUUUGCUAGAUCACAGAACUCAUUACCCAAUCGACGCUCUAAUGCGCAUCUGCCCUCUAUCUCACAGUUUGCGAAGCCACUUUCAGGUUUCAAACAUAACGGUCGUCUAGGCAUAUGGGACGACAAUCUCAACUCGCUUGUAGAUUCUGCCGACGACAUUAGCAUGGAUACUUUGUCAACAAGAAGGACGUCGGGCUCAACUAGCGACAUGGCCAUGCCUGACUAUAUGUACGCCUCUUCACAUCUGUCACGGAAAAGUCAACCAUGGAUGCCCAACAGGUCCCAAUACGAUCAAGGCAUGAGUACCCAAUGGGAAGAUCAUCCGCCGAGGAAGGACAAGGAGAGGCAGCUCGUCGUCACCCUUCGAGAUGACCAGCUAGGUCAGAUCAUCCAAGCCAUGAGUCCACCAAAGCAGAAUCGUGGAUUAUCGCAUGGAUCAGGCAAUCAACCCCAUGAGAAUACUGGUCGCCUACCGACUACUCACAACUACUGUCCCCCAAAGUCAGAUAUCGAUCCACCCAUCAACCGCCCGUCGUCGGCGGCCAUGGCUCGCAAGUCAUCAUACUCAGACUUUAACAAUGCCCUACGGAACGCAUCCAACAAGCAGUCGCCAAGUAGACAGCGUUUCCACGAUGCGAUAAAUGACAAACCGCCCACGAUGAACCUCCCAUCUUUCUCAAGCAACAAAGAGAACUGUCCUCCUUCGCAGUCGCGAUUACCUACUGCUUUUCCAAACACCAAUCGUGUCCCUACUCCCAAUCCCUUUGCGCAACGGCUGCCAACCCAAAACUCAGAUAUCUCCAUGAGAGACCCAUCUCCGGCACGUUCAAGUAUGUAUAGGUUCACUCGGAGUGAAGCGCCGCCUCCGACCAUUGAGCCUGCUAAGUUUGGGUCAGCUUACGGCCCUUCAGCUGUGAAUAUUAGGAGCCGGAAGGAAGGUAUGGCAUCUGACUCACCGAGGCUGUCGGAGCAAGCCAUGCGCCAUGAUCAGAGCCUACUACCAUCAUUGAAGUCAGGGUCUCAGAAUGCACAUAUAUCCAUCUUUGAGGACAAAGACGGAUCCUUGCACAGUACUCAGAAGAAUAUCCCCGAUGUAGUCGAAAUCAUCGACGUGGAUGUCAUCGACCCCCACCUAAGCACCAAUGCUUCCUUCGAGAGCAACAAGCUGUCUCCGUUCAAGUCCUGCCACAAGACUGGAGUGUCACUUUCAAGCAUCGACAGUACUGGCCGUCUAGAGAGACAGCUAUACAGUGCCCUUGGCGAGGAACUAGGCAGCUUCGAGCACCACGUUGACACUACAGGUAUGGGACCUGAACUCGCACAAGCACUCGGUGGUGCCACAGCACACUCCGAUCUCAGCAGCUCCGGCAUGCUGAACCCAAACGCUCACGACUUUGAGCCAACGAUUAAGCGGAAGAGGCAGAGUACCUUGGGUGGCGAUCGGGAGAGAAGUCCGAUGACGAAGAAAGAGAAGGCUGACUCGCGAGCUGGCGACGAUCAGGAAGAGGUGGUGGUGUGUAUGAGAGGGAACUGAUCGUAUUGUUAGUUUGAAGAUGCUGUCCGGAGUACUAUGCGUUAGUCUUGUAGGAUUUGUUUUCAGAGCGGUUUAAGCGUGUCGCUGUACCUGUUAACCCUUUGGGGUAAGAACGUGUCUUACGUAUUGUCAAAUAACCAGUAGCUUAUAGGAAAAUUGGAGCAAGAGCUGUUUCUUCUAACAACGAAACAUCAUCACAUACACGAAUAUAAAGCACACAC